CCUAACCCUUCCUCCGCCGCCGCCGAACCCCCAAGCACCGGAGCAGCAGCAGCAGCAGAAGGGAUCGGAGAUGGCCAAGUCGAAGAACCACACGGCGCACAACCAGUCGUACAAGGCGCACAGGAACGGCAUCAAGAAGCCCAAGCGCCAGCGCCAGGCCUCCACCAAGGGGAUGGACCCGAAGUUCCUGAGGAACCUGAGGUACUCCAGGAAGCACAACAAGAAGGGUGGUGAGGAGGUUCAGGACUAAGCUGGACGAGUUACUGGUGAUGGAUAUGUCUCCUGUAUCGCUAGGAUAAUCCAAUUUGAACUUCAAUCAAUGUUCUGUAUGAUCAAGGAUAUCUAUGUUGGUACCUAAGUUUUGUCAUGCUGUUGGAUUGGAAAUGCUAUUUGCAGCUUUGUGAUAA